CUCCCCGAGCGGCUCGCUGGAGCCCUUCGCCCCAACUACUUGGAAAGUUCUCCUUCGGGCGGAACCUGCCGCCGUCAGACCGCGCCCCUGCGCGCGGGACCAGCUCUUGAACUCCGCGGCGCGCCCCCGGGGUCCACCUUGCGCCGCCCCGCGCGCAGGCGAGGAGCAGCUGCCGGGAAACCCUAUGAACUCUCCAGAAAGGGCGUGACGAAGGGUCCUGCGGGGCGCGGUCCCGUCCGUCCCGGUCCCUGUCGGUGGAGCUCUCGGGCUGCAGAACAGAAGAGCGCUGGAUGAUGAGCCUGUGGCCUCUGGGGAUCUCUGCGCGGUAAUGCCAGCACAUGACCAGGGUCGGAUUUGAUUCCAUCAUCCACAUCAUCUGGCUCAAAACCACCUGUAACUCCAGUUCCUGGGCAUCCAAUACACAACCUCUUCUGACCUCCACAGGAUGUUUGACACACGGGGAAUGAGGUGCUGCCAUUGGAGGUGGAAGCCAAGUGCCCUUCUGCUCCUGUUUGCUUUGUGUAUUAUGUGUAUUCCUCUCUCAGUGUGUGGAUGUGGCAACUGCAGGAUGGUCCUUUCCAAUCCUUCUGGGACCUUCGCCUCUCCUUGCUACCCUAAUGACUACCCUAACGCCCAGUCUUGCUCGUGGACCCUCCAAGCCCCUACCGGCUACAUCAUUCAGAUAACGUUUAAUGACUUCGAUGUUGAGGAAGCUCCCAAUUGCAUCUAUGACUCACUAUCCCUUGAUAAUGGAGACAGCCAGACAAAAUUGUGUGGAGUAACUGCCAAAGGCAUGUCAUUUAACUCAAGUGUGAAUGAGAUGCACGUGUCUUUUUCAAGUGACUUUAGCAUCCAGAAGAAAGGUUUCAAUGUCAGCUACAUCAGAGUUGCCGUGUCCUUAAGGAAUCAAAAGGUCAUUUUGCCCCAGACAUUAGAUGCUUACCAGGUAUCAGUUGCAAAAAGUGUCUCCAUUAAGGAGUUCAGUGCAUUCACACUCUGCUUUGAAGCCUCCAAAGUUGGCAAUGAAAAUGAUGACUGGAUAGCUUUUUCCUACUCAGACGAGUCCCUUACACAGUUGCUCAGUUUUGAAAAGGUCGACAAUGGGUACUUCCUGUUCAUUUCUGGAUCCAGAUGCUUGUUGAACCCUGCGUUACCUGUGAAGGAGAACGAAGACAUCUUCACUGAAAGUUUUGAGCAGCUCUGUCUUGUGUGGGAUGAUACUUUUGGCUCCAUUGGUGUAAAUUUCAAAAAGAACUAUGAAACAGUUCCAUGUGUUUCGACCAUCGGUUCUUUCAUACCUGGGGAUGGGACAUUGCUGUUGGGCUCUGACAGAGUUGGAAUUGCCUCUCUAAAGGGCAGCAUCUAUAACUUUCGACUUUGGAAUUUCACAAUGGAUAUGAAAGCCCUCUCUAACCUCAGCUGUAGUGUGUCUGGGAAUGUCGUGGACUGGCACAACGACUUUUGGAGCAUCUCAACCCAGGCUCUGAAAGCAGAGAACAACCUGAGCUGUGGUUCCUACCUGAUCCCGCUCCCCGCAGCAGAGCUCGCGAACUGUUCACAUCUGGGGACUCUUUGUCAAGCUACUGUAAACCCUCCUAGUACUACAUCACCCACUGUCACCACUAAUAUACCUGUUACUAACAGAAUCCAUAAACCAAAGAAUGAUGGAAUAAUGUACAGAAUAUCUGUUGUGAUUCACAAUGACCUUAAUCACCCUGAAGCAAAAGUACAGAGCAAGGUAGCGGAGUGGCUCAAUUCAACCUUCCAGAACUGGAACUACACUGUUUAUGUAGUUAAUAUAAGCUUUCACAAAGGCAUGGGAGAGGACAGGAUUAAAGUCAAGAGAGACACCAUGGAUGAUGACAAAAGGUUGGUGCUGUGGGCCCUUCUAGUCUACAAUGCCACCAAUAACAUCAACCUGGAGGGAGAGAUGAUUGAAAAGAAGCUGCUCACAAACAACGCGUCGCUAGAGGAUGGCCUGAGGCUGCACACAGUCGACGUGAAGCAGCUGGGUAUGUGCAGUGCCUUGGAGGAUCCAGAGGGCGUUAGCUGGCCGGCCAGUUUACCUUCUGUCUACAAGCAACCAUGUCCAAACAAGCCUGGCUUUUUUAUGACACGGACAUGCCUUUCUAAUGCAACGUCAACCUUCUGGAGCCCCAUUGAUGCCUCCAACUGUUCAAGACAAUCAAAUGAAGUGGCCAAUGAGAUAUUAGACUUAACUAGUGAUGGGCAGAACCUAACCUCAGCCAAUAUUAACAGCAUUGUAGAACAGGUCAAAAGGAUCGUGAACAAAGAAGAAAAUAUUGACAUAACGCUUGGCUCCACCCUAAUGAAUAUAUUUUCUAAUAUCUUAAGCAGUUCGGAUAGUGAUUUGCUUGAGUCUUCUACUGAAGCUCUAAAAACAAUUGAUGAGCUAGCCUUCAAAAUAGACCUGAAUAGUACCCCUCGCGUGAAUAUUGAGACACAGAAUUUGGCUCUUGGAGUCUCAUCCCUGAUCCCAGGAGUGAAUGCACCUUCAAAUUUUAGCAUUGGCCUUCCAAGCAAUAAUGAAUCAUACUUCCAGAUGGACUUUGAGAAUGGCCAGACAGAUCCAUUGGCCUCUGUGAUUUUGCCUCCAACCCUGCUUGAGAAUUUAAGUCAAGAAGAUUCUUUAUCGGUCAGAAGAGCACAGUUCACUUUCUUCAACAAAACUGGACUUUUCCAGGAUGUUGGAUCUCAAAGAAAAAUUCUAGUGAGUUAUGUGAUGGCAUGCAGCAUUGGAAACAUUACUAUCCAGAAUCUGAAAGAUCCAGUUCAAAUCAGGAUCAAACACACCAGAACGCAGGAAGUGCAUCGUCCCAUCUGUGCCUUCUGGGAUCUGAACAAAAACAAAAGUUUUGGAGGAUGGAACACCUCAGGAUGUGUUGCACACUCUGACUCAGUUGCUGGUGAGACCAUCUGCCUGUGUAACCACUUCACUCACUUUGGAGUCCUGAUGGAUCUUCCAAGGAGUGCCUCGCAAAUAGAUGGGAGAAAUACAAAAGCCCUCACUUUCAUCACCUAUAUUGGAUGUGGAAUAUCAGCUAUUUUCUCAGCAGCAACUCUCCUAACAUAUGUUGCUUUUGAGAAGCUGCGCAGGGAUUAUCCCUCCAAAAUCCUGAUGAAUCUGAGCUCAGCCCUGCUCUUCCUGAACCUCAUCUUCCUCCUGGAUGGCUGGAUCACUUCUUUUGGUGUGGCUGGACUCUGCACGGCUGUGGCUGCACUGCUGCAUUUUUUCCUCCUGGCUACCUUCACCUGGAUGGGGCUGGAAGCCAUCCACAUGUACAUCGCUCUUGUAAAAGUAUUUAACACUUACAUCCACCGCUACAUUCUAAAAUUCUGCAUCAUUGGCUGGGGUCUGCCGGCUUUGAUUGUGUCAGUCACUCUAGUGAGCAGAAAACAAAAUGAAGUGUAUGGAAAGGAAAGUUAUGGGAAGGAGGCGGAGGAUGAAUUCUGCUGGAUUCAGGAUCCUGUGGUAUUUUAUGUGAGCUGUGCUGGAUACUUUGGAGUCAUGUUCUUCCUGAAUGUUGCCAUGUUCAUUGUGGUCAUGGUACAGAUCUGUGGGAGAAACGGAAAGAGAAGCAACCGGACCCUGAGAGAAGAGGUUUUAAGAAACCUGCGCAGUGUGGUCAGCCUGACCUUCCUGUUGGGCAUGACAUGGGGUUUUGCUUUCUUUGCCUGGGGACCCUUAAAUAUCCCUUUCAUGUACCUCUUCUCCAUCUUCAAUUCAUUACAAGGCUUAUUUAUAUUCAUCUUCCACUGUGCAAUGAAGGAGAACGUUCAGAAGCAGUGGAGGCGUCACCUCUGCUGCGGCAGAUUUCGGCUAGCAGACAACUCGGAUUGGAGUAAGACAGCUACCAAUAUCAUCAAGAAGAGCUCUGAUAACCUGGGGAAAUCAUUAUCUUCAAGUUCCAUUGGCUCCAAUUCAACGUAUCUCACGUCCAAAUCAAAAUCCAGCUCCAAUACCUAUUUCAAAAGAAACAGCCACUCAGACAGCACUUCCAUGGACAAAUCCUUGUCAAAACUGACCCAUGCUGGUGGAGAACAGAUGUCAAUCAUCCCCGUCCAUCAGGUUAUUGAUAAGGUCAAGGGUUACUGUAAUGCUCAUUCAGAUAACUUCUAUAAAAAUAUUAUCCUGUCAGAUACCUUCAGCCACAGCACAAAGUUCUAAUGUCACCAAUAUGAGAGAAAAGAAAAAGAAAACCUGUCUGGAGAAGUGUGAAGCAUUACCAGCAGCAAAAGCUAUGACCGGCAGAAGUCAACAUGCUGUUCCCUAGGUAACUGCAGCGCUUCGAGAACUGCAUCUUGUUAUGGAAGCUUCUGUGAGGUGCAGAAUUCAUCUUUUCAGAAUAUUCCUUCUGUGGACUAGCUUCGUCA